GAUGAAUAGUGAUAACAAAACACCAUCCUAAAUUAUUUUUGUAAAGGUUUUGUAAAUUGUCGAUGAUCAUUUAAUGGUACUAGAGAAAGACAUGCUCUUCUGGUAGCUCCAGGUCUCAACACUCACAUCAAUUUUGGAGGAUGAAUACAACUGAAGGAAGCCUGGGUGGCUGCGGGUUGGGGGAGUCAGUCAUGUGACUUGCCUCUGGGGGGCCCCCAAGGCAGUGGGCCCCCAGACAACUGUCUCCCCUUGCCCUAUUAUAGUUACGCCCCUGGAAGGGAAGCAGCCCCACUUCGACUCAAUGCCAGCUCAGAGUUAAGGUGUCCUUUGGAUGAUUGGCUCCUUUCCUGUAUGGGGAAGUCUGUGUCAGGAGCUCGAAUAAUCCCUUUUCCUUAGUGAAAUGCGUACAUGACUUGGGGGAGUUCUACUUCAAACACAGAACAAAGUUUUUGCUUUCCAAUACUCGGUGGGUUCAUCCAUUCGAGCAGUUCCUGCUGCAAGGACCAGUCUGUGGAAAAAACAAUUUUAGCCUUCCUGGAGGCUGCCUUUGAAGCACAGAAUUGGAGAUGGAAAUGCAAGACUCGGGUGGCCCAGAGACCAUCAAGGCUGGGAGCAGUGAGGAAUUCUGGGAAAGGACUCUGCAGGAAAUCCUGCACGAGGACAUGCUCCCUUCAGAGGUACAGCGCCAGCGCUUCAGGCAGUUCCAUUACCAGGAGGUUGAGGGGCCCCGACUGGUGUGCAGCCAACUCCACCACCUUUGCCGUCAGUGGCUCAAACCAGAGCAGCACACAAAACACCAGAUCAUGGACCUUGUGAUCCUAGAGCAGUUUCUGACCAUCCUGCCCCUGGAGAUGGAGAGCUGGGUGAGAGGAUGUGGAGCAGAGACCAGUUCGCAGGCAGUGGCCCUGGCAGAAGGUUUCCUCCUAAGCCAGGCAGAGGCCAAGAAGCAGGAAGAGCAGCAGGUGCAGGGUCGACUCGCAAAAGCAUCUACUGCUGAUUCUGAGGCAGAGAAGGCUCUAUCAGAUGCCAGACGGAAGCUGCUUCAUGGGGGGACCUCCCAGGAGGAUCAUACAGAUGCCACCUCACUGGUUUAUGGAGAACCACUGGAGGUGAUGACAAGGUUGUGGCUCUCGUGUAUUGAUGGAGAAAGAGAUUCUACACAAGCAGAUCAGGGUGCCGUGUCCUUUGAGGAGGUGGCUGUGCAUUUCACGGAGGAGAAGUGGGCCCUUCUGGAUGCAGACCAAAGAGCCCUUCACAGAGAAGUCAUGGAGGAGAAUAGGCAGAAUGUGGCCUCUCUGGCAGGUGAUGGUUGGACAAGCAAGUCUGAAGGAGAAGCAUGCGGAACAAAAGUAGAAAGAGCGAGAUGUAAAAGGGAAGGACAACAGAGAAAAACAACAAAAGGAAACCAGGAAAGGAAGAAUGAAUCUAGUCCUUUUCAUGCUGGUGACUGCCAAGAAACACCAAUCCCAGAAGAAAUAGAGAAGGUAAAGCAGAGGAAGCCCCUCCCAAGUGAGAAAAGCAUUGGUUAUAAAUCGUGGCUUAAACGUCAUUGGAGAAUGAAGAGAGGGGAGAAGCCUUUUAAGGGCUUGGAAUAUAGAAAGAACUUCAGUCAGAACUCAAAACUUAUUAGACAUCAAAUGAUUCACACUGGGAAGAAACCAUUUAGAUGCUUGGAGUGUGGAAAGAACUUCAACCAGAGUAUAAAUCUUAAGAAACAUCAAAGAAUCCACACAGGAGAGAAACCGUUUAGAUGCUUGGAGUGUGGAAAGAGCUUCAAACAGAACUCACAGCUUAUUAAACAUCAAAGAAUCCACACAGGAGAGAAACCAUUUAGAUGCUUGGAGUGGAUAGAGCUUCAAACAGAACUCACAGCUUAUUAAACAUGAAAUAAUCCACACUGGAGACAAACCAUUUAGAUGCUUGGAGUGUGGAAAAAGCUUCAGUUGGAGAUCAAAUCUCAGAAAACAUCAAAAAAUUGCUUAUUAAACAUCACAGCUUAUUAAACAUCAAAGAAAUCACAUUGUAGAUAAACCAUUUAAAUGCUUGGAGUGUGGAACAAGCUUCAGUAAGGACUCCGCUCUAAGGAGACAUCAAAGAAUUCACACAGGAGAGAAACCAUUUAGAUGCUGGGAAUGUGGAAAGAGCUUCAAUCAGAGCUCACAUCUUAAAGAACACAAAAAAAUUCACACAGGAGAGAAACCGUUUAGAUGCUUGGAGUGUGGAAAGAGCUUCAAUCGGAGCUCAACUCUUAGCACACACCAAAGGAUUCAGACAGGAGAGAAACCAUUUAGAUGCUCAGAGUGUGGAAAGAGCUUCAGUCAGAGCUCACAUCUUAGAAGAUCUCAAAGAAUCCACACAGGAUAGAAACUGUUUAGAUGCUUGGAGUGUGGAAAGAGCUUCAACAAGAGUAUAAAUCUUAAGAAACAUCAAAGAAUUCGUACAGAAGAGAAACCAUUGAGAUGCUUGGAGUGUGGAAAGAGCUUCGGUCAGAGCUCAUAUCUGAAGAGACACCAAAUAAUUCACAGGGUUGAAAAACCAUUUAAAUGUCUUGAAUAAAAAGAAUAAAGGAAAAACCAUUUAGAUGUCAAAA